AUGGAUGAAUCCACUCACACACAUAAUCCACCAGCACGACUACGUGUCUCAUUCGCACGGCGUGGAAGUGAGGCGGUGGCUUCAAGUUUCAUCACAACACCAUCGCAGCGCAUCACUUCAGCAAACGCAGAUGAAGAGAACAGAGAAGCUACACAUGACCAAUCACACUUGGGUGGUGGCAGUCCCGUUAUUCUCAUUGAUCCAAAAAAGAUCAAUGAUUUUUGGCGAUUUCGCGCUAUUUUCUUUGGAAUGCUGCUGAUGAUCAAUACCUCUACACAAGGAUUAUUUUCUAUAUUUGGAUUAUAUAUGCAGAGGACGCAUGGAUAUGAUAUACCGACAAUGGUGGAUAUCAUUACCUGUGGUACCACAUUCGGUUUAUUUGUAUUUCCCUUUGGUGCACUGUAUGAAUUUAUUGGACCGAAGAUUGUGAUUGCACUUGCAACGGCUAUCACGGCUCUCUCACAUCUUCUCUUUGCAUUGACGUUUGGUGGACACAUUGAUGCCUCCAAGGCACGUUUUUGUAUAUAUUUUGCCUUAAUGAAUUGGGGAUGUUAUGCCUUUGAAGUGGUGGCAUUACCCGCCGUGUUGGGAUUCACUCCUCGUAAUCGUGCGCAGCCAACGGGAUUAAUGAACACUUUCACUGGAUUAGGACCAUCUGUUUUCACAACCAUUUUCCGAGCCUUUUUUAAUGAUCGUUAUGAUCAUUUAAUGUAUUUUCUCAUGGCUAUUGUUCUCGGUUUUGGGGCUACCGCAGUUGUAUUUUUAGAUAAUGCACCUUAUGUUAUCACACGAGUGGAGGAAAAACACAUUUCACUGCGGGAACGUCUGAGUAGACAACUCAUUCGCAAUCGCUUCAUGUCUCAAUUAUUACCCAAACGACGUUUACAGAUUCUGGCCGGUAUAAUGGUGCUUUUAAAUAUUUAUCUCACCGUACAAUCUAUUGCUGUGGCUUAUACCAUAGAUACUAUGACGAAGAGCCGGUAUAUAGGAAUAGCCGUUGGUGCCAUCGUCAUUGUAUUGUCAUUACUUGUGAUUGUGAUUCCACUACACUGUUUGGAUGGCCCUACGGCGCAGGAUCAACUUGUACUGGAAAGAGCACGAGAAAGAGAACAGGAGUUAAUGGAAAGAAGAAAGAAAAGGCAUUUAAGAGGAGGGAAUACUGGGGAAACAGAACCCACGACACUAGAAAUAUCUCAUGAACCCUUUGGCAGGGAUGCGGAUGGAGAAAGCCCGGAAAGCACCUCAAGUAAUAUUUUACAACAAGAAGAAAACCAAGACAAGGGGAAUAUGAUAAAUCAUAAUAGAAAUGUUCUGCGAAGUCUUACAGCAGUGGAGGUGGUGGAAGAGAGAAUGACUGCCAAAUCCGAAGUGGAGUAUCAGCCUGUUGAUCCUAAUGUAAAUCUCAUUGAGACGGAUGAGGUACUCCCAGUAGAAGAGAUUGGACAAAGUGACUCUGCCAAUGCAUUGCAACAGUGGUUGUAUAAUGCCUCAGUGGUGAGAAGUACAGUGGAUCCUGAGGCACUUUCCGCUCAUGGUGGUAAUGCUCCUGAGGCCGCGGAAUUGGAAGUCAUCACACGUGAAGUCUCCACAUAUGAUCAUCCUCAUGUGGAAACCAUUACGGUUUGUAAUGAGGUGUUCGUUACUCCUGUGUAUGAGACCACCUUUUUGGAGAGUUUAACCUACAUAGAUUUAUGGCUUCUCUUCUACACCACCUUUGUGAUAUGGGGUAUUGGUUUAACUAUGACGACAACGUGGAAUAUUAGUAUUAUGGUUGGAUCACGCUUUGAGGGAUUAGAUACAAAAACAACAACUCUCUUUGCCACGAUUGCAAGUGUCUCCACGGCGUUUGGUCGGGUGUCGGUUGGUAGUUAUGAGAUGAUGCUUCCAUUCUUGGGGGAACGUCUUGGGGUUUCCCUGCCAGCCACGGUUGCCUAUCCUUUACCAAGUAUAUUAAUGACCCUUGCGCUUAUCUUUUAUCUUUCCUUCCCUGGGAAUUAUUCCCUGCUGGUGGUGUAUCUACUCGCCCCCAUCGCCUAUGGUUUCAGUACAUCCAUGACUAUUUACGUUAUUGGUAUUAUCUUCAAACGAGAUAUUGGCAUGCAUUACGGUUUCUGUUUCUUGGGAGCGGCCUUGGGUAUGGCGGCCCUCUACCGUGGACUUCUCUUCGGUGUUUACGAUAAACACAAACUGGUGGUUCCGCCCGGUUUUCUUCCUCCCACGCUGCAGGGUGUCUGCCGGGGGAAUGUGUGUAUGCGAACAACACUGAUUGUUUAUUUGGUGCUUGCCGUUACUUCUAUUGGCUCCAGUGUGCUGCUGCAUUACCGCUACUGGAGACUGGUGCACGGCAAACUGAAGUACCGGCGGGUGAUCACACAUCUCGUGAAGAAGGGACUCCGCCGUGGACGCCCACAGAAGGUCAGACCAUCGCAACAACAACAAGAAGAAGAAAAAGAAAAAGAAGAGAGAGAUAUAGAUCGGAAUGAAAAUGCGUAG